AUGACAUCUUGCUUAGGAUCACCGUUCAAGCAGUUUCCCGCUGUACGAGGCAAAGAGAAUCAGUUUAUGGACAAGAAUGGACGUAGGCACCAUGGUUAUGAAACCGAUAAAGCCCCCUACCCGCUCUCUUACUGCCCCGAGGUCCUUGAAAUGGAGGCGCUCGAUCUGGUGUAUACGCAAACCGUCAAACAGUCGGUGACGUUCGUCGACUUUCCACAUGGCCCUCCGCAGCGAUCCCUUAGCCUCGGAUGUGGGUACGGGCAUUGGGUAAUCGAGGCCGCCAAGGAGUGGCCAAACUGCGAAUUUAUUGGAUUUGAUCUCAUGAACAUCCAGAUACCUCUGGCGGUUCUUGAUGACUCUACCACUCGCCGUAUCAAAUGGGUGCACGGUAACUUCUUGACGAACAGGUUGCCCUUCGACGAUGACGAGUUCGACCAUAUCCACAUCGCAAGGCUGGCGAAAGGUAUACCGGAAAGCAAGGUUCGGUCCGACGAAUUCCUGAAUCAUGAUUAUCCGCAGUGGUCCAGCUUAUUUGAGGAGGUCCUUCGGGUCCUGCGACCUGGAGGCGCUGUGGAGCUCCUUGAGGAAGACAUCAUUUUCCCUACCUUACCUCAUUGGUUUACGGAACCCCUCCGCGUACGUGCUGGCAAGUCGCAGGCCGUGCACCUUCCAGAUGUGUCAGAGGCUCCGCCUGUCUUGGCAGUCCCAGACCCAUAUCACCAGCUCCCUCAUGACCACGCUUUGCUAGAGUCUCUGUAUUAUGCUGUAUUCGAAAACCGCUUCAUUAAUUUAAAACCCACCGCUAUUCUAGCGAGCUCCUUCAAUGCAUACUUCUCUGGUGUUUGGUCCGCUCCGGCUCUCAAGUUUCCGAUGCCGCCAAUACGUCCACCCCCACCUCCG